AUGAAAAUAUUUGAUUGCUGCAGUGAUAAGAUCGAACCAAAAUCUGUUGAUUGUGGUAAGGUCGUAUCUGAAAUUGGUGAUAAUUUCAGAACCCGAAUUCUAACUUCAGAUGUAGCAGUCAACUUUUCUCCUGAAGGUCUUGACUGA